AAAUACAACAGAAUGGCGUCUAACAACAACCCCUCGAUGAUCUCCGGACACGCACAAUACGCAAAAGGCUACGCCGAAGAGACGAUUGGCAAUGUAACGGGUAGCAAGGAAUGGCAGGAGAGCGGGAAGCAAGAUGCAAAGGCUGGCAUUGAUGAAAUGAAGAGUGCGAGCCAAAACAAGAGCAGUGAGCCAGCAGCAAGUGGCAUCGGUGGCAAAGUCGAGGAAUUAGCUGGCAAGGCGACCGGAUGCGAGGGUAUGGAGAAGGAGGGUGCUGAGAGACAGGCGAAGACAUGA